AUGACCAACCCCAAUGCCCCCACCCGCCCUGUUACUCUGGCUUCUGGCCAGAUGGGGACAGUCAUUCCACCCAUGUAUACUGGCUCUGAUCCCGAGGCAAUGGCUGCCAAGUUUGGUGACCUUCAGAUCUCCUCUGCAUCGUCUUUAUCCAACUUGUCGGAGUCAUUUGAAACCCCUGACGUCGACAUGACCACUUUAACGGAACCUGACUUGGGCAUUGCCGCAGUUGCCGCCUCUACUUCGCAUGACAACACCAGGUGCGCGGCUGCCCCGCACUCUGCCAACUCGGAGGAAACCCCUCUCAAAAAGGAUGCACCUGCCUCCUCAUUGCCCGACAAAGGCAACAAGAGAGGCAAGUAUGACUCUGACUCGGAUUCUUCUGGAGAGGAACUUCGGAAGAAGAGACACAACAGGACAGCCAAACAGCGUUCCCACUGGGCCAGCUACGAUGAGAAGUCUUACUCACUAUCUGAGAUUGAAGAAGGCGAGUUCGAGUUCACCGACAGCGACGGCAACGAGUUUGAGCCCUAUCUCAUCAACAACAAGCAGCGUCGAGCCUGGGAGAAGCGCCUUGCCGAGCGAAAGCGCACCAGCUGGGAUGAUGUAGUUGCCAAGCGUGCUCGCAUCCCAAAGAAGGGGUGCUGUGCUCAGCACCCUGCGUGA